AUGUACUAUUUCCUCUGCAUGCUGGUUGUCACUGACCUGGUUCUAUGUACUUCCACUGUGCCCAAAAUGCUGAGCAUCUUCUGGUUCAAUUCCAGGGAGAUCGAUUUCAGUGCCUGUCUCACCCAGCUGUUCUUUAUUCACUGCUUCUUAGUGGUGGAGUCUGGGAUCUUCAUGGCCAUGGCGUUUGAUCGCUACGUGGCCAUCUGUGAUCCCCUGCGACAUUCCACCAUCCUGACAAACCACUGCAUGGCCCAGAUUGGCCUGGCUGUGCUGCUGCGUGGCAGCCUGCUCCCAUUGCCCUAUCCCUUCCUGGCCAGGCAGUGGCCAUAUUGCAGAACCAACAUCAUCCCCCACUCGUACUGCGAGCACAUCGCCGUAGUGAAGCUGGCCUGCGCCGACAUUCGCAUCAGUAGUUACUACGGCCUCUCUGUGGCACUCGUGGUGACUGGUCUGGAUGUGAUAUUUAUCGCUGUGUCCUAUACCCAGAUCCUCAGGGCCAUAUUCAGCCUCCCCACCAAGGACGCCCGGCUGAAAACUUUCGGGACCUGCAGCUCCCACAUCUCUGUCAUUUUAGCCUUUUACAUCCCAGCUCUCUUCUCCUUCUUCACGCACCGGUUUGGCCAGAAUGUGCCCCUGUAUUUCCACAUUCUCAUUGCUGACAUGUUUCCUCUAUGGACAACUGAAAGUGAGCUCUGCCAAGUGAAGGUGACGGACUCUCUUAUCUAA